AUGUCUGUAGAUUCUAUACUUAAUGCUGAACAGUCUGCUUUGAACAAAGAUCAUGAAAUAGACAGAAUUUUGUCCACUUGUAGGUGGGACUAUUUUGCAAUUCUUGAGAUUGACCCAUUGAAAUUGGGACAAGAUGAUUUUUACGAUGAAUUAGCAAACAAGGUCAAAAGAUCGUAUAGAAAGAAGACAUUAUCAGUUCAUCCGGAUAAAGUCAGUAAUCCUAAGGCACCUCAAGCAUUUGAAAAAUUAAAAAGAGCCGAAUUGGUGCUAAACAGUAGUAAUAAUAAUAGUGACAGUAGUGAAGAUGUAGAUAAUGCAGAAACCAAAUCGUUAGUUAACGAAAAAGAGAGACUUAUUGCAAUUUACAAGGAUGCCAACGAAACAAUUGGCAGAAAAACUGAGAGUGUCAGUCAAGUAGAAGUUCAAUCUUUGGUAGCAAAGAUACUCGAAGAGGAGUUACGACUGGAGAAUAUCGAGAAGGAGUUUGAACAGAGGCAGGAAGCUCAGAAAAUGAAGGAAUUGGCUAAAAUAAGGAAAGAGAGGGAACUUAAGAAGAAGAUGGAGUCCAAAUGGGAGGACGACAGGGACGUAAGAGUGAAAAACUGGAGAGAUUACAGUCUGAAAGUGGAAAAGAAGAAGAAGAAGGUGAAGAAGAGUAAGGUAUUGGCAUAG